GUCAAAAUGGGCUUGAAUUUCUCUAAUUUCCAACAAGACCCCAUUGUUGACAAGUUAAGGACUCAGCUGGGUGUUAUCCACCCAAUCCCUUCCCCUCCAAUUAACCGAAACAUUGUUGGGUUGUUUGUGUUCUUCUUUUUUGUUGGGGUUGCUUUUGAUAAAAUCUGGACUGCGAGGAAAAGGAGGGGCAAAUCGGAUGGGGAUGGUGUUAGAAUGGGAGGAAGUGGAGUUUGGCCACAAGUCCCAACGAGUUUCUCAUUGUUCUUGGAAAAGGAUUUGCAGAGGAAAGAGUCGGUUGAGUGGGUUAAUAUGGUGUUGGGGAAGUUGUGGAAAGUUUAUAGAGGUGGGAUUGAGAAUUGGAUCAUUGGGUUAUUGCAGCCUGUUAUUGACGAUCUUAAGAAGCCUGGUUAUGUCCAGAGAGUGGAAAUUAAGCAGUUUUCUUUAGGGGAUGAGCCUUUAUCUGUUAGGAAUGUCGAGCGCAAGACUUCCCGGCGAGACAACGAUUUGCAGUAUCAGAUAGGAAUUCGAUAUACCGGUGGCGCUCGCAUGUUGUUGAUGUUGUCUUUAAAAUUUGGCAUUAUACCAUUUGUUGUGCCAGUCGGUGUUCGAGAUUUUGAUAUUGAUGGAGAACUUUGGGUUAAGUUGCGAUUGAUACCAACGGAACCUUUCAUUGGAGCUGUUUCAUGGGCUUUUGUUUCUCUUCCAAAGAUCAAGUUUGAGUUAUCACCAUUUCGAUUGUUUAACUUAAUGACAAUUCCAGUUCUUUCCAUGUUUUUGACAAAACUUCUCACUGAGGACUUGCCUCGACUAUUUGUACGACCAAAAAAGAUUGUUUUGGAUUUUCAAAAAGGGAAAGCAGUUGGCCCUGUUCCAAAUGAUUUGAAACCCGAGGAAAUUCAAGAAGAGAAAAACAAGGAUUUUGUUGGAGAACUAUCGGUGACUCUUGUAGAUGCCAGGAAACUUUCUUAUGUAUUUUAUGGCAAAACUGAUCCAUAUGUUGUUCUAACCUUGGGGGAUCAAGUUAUUCGCAGUAAAAAGAACAGUCAAACUACUGUGAUUGGACCACCGGGUGAACCCAUUUGGAAUCAGGAUUUUUAUUUACUUGUGGCGAACCCUGGAAAAGAAAAACUACGCAUCCAAGUGAAAGACUCCCUUGGGUUCACUGAUUGGACAAUCGGUACAGGAGAGGUUGAUCUGGGGACUCUCCAGGACACUGUUCCAACAGAUAAGAUUGUGACCUUGCAAGGGGGGUGGGGGCUGUUUGGAAAGAGAUCUCGAGGAGAAAUAUUGCUUAGAUUGACAUAUAAAGCUUAUGUGGAGGAUGAAGAAGAUGACACAACUGCCCCAGGAUCCGUUGGUGCUGAUUUUUCAGAUGACGAGUUGUCUGAUUUCGAUGAACCAAAUGUGGCAUAUGAGCAGGGUGUAAAGCAAGAUAUAGAUGAAACCAGCAAAGAAUCAUUUAUGGAUGUUCUAGCAGCUUUAAUUGUAAGUGAGGAAUUUCAGGGGAUAGUGUCUUCUGAACCAGGUAGCAAAAAUUUCGAUGACUUAUCAAGAUCAGGAUCUUCGAAAACAAGAAUAAAUGGUGUUAACACGGAAUCUGCACCAUCCGAUUCCGAUAAAGGAUCUGAACCAUCUGGAGGGACAACCUUAUUAUGGUUUGCUGUGAUUACAAGUACAUUAGUGCUAAUUGCACUCAAUAUGGGUGGCUCAAGUUUCUUCAAUCCUUGAUUAUAGUGGCCUGCAUGCUUUUUUUUUUCUCUCACUCAAGUUACUCAAAAUUUUCAUUUUUCUUAAAACAACCAUGUUCGAAACGUAUUCGUACGAGGCAUCGUUCAACCCCAAAGGUCAAACCGGUGAGAGUCGAGGCUUCUUGUUGCUAAUUCAACUAGUCCAAUCGGUUGGAUUAGUUCAACCAGUCACAUGACUAUAUAUAUAUAUAUAUAUAUAUAUAUAUUAUUUUGUUACACUCAAAAUUGAUUUUUAGUAGAGAAGUGUUCCAAGAUGGGGGAGGAAAA